AUGGUUGCUGCUGCCGAAGAUUGUACUGACGUCCAGUGUGACGCCCCGCUGCCAGAAGCACGCAGUGCCGACGGCGCCCUCGAAGGCCGCCUUACGGUCGGCUGGCGUCCUAGGUGGGCGAGUGAGGAGGCAAGUCAGGAAACUGCACAGCCUGAAGGCGCCGAGGACGUCCAUGAUGGCUCUGCCUUGGGAGGCACGGGAGGCCAGCCUGGUAAUGUUGGAGAGGCCCAUGGGCGUCUUGCACGAGCACUUGACGCAGGUGUCCUUGGGGGACAGGUCAUGCGGCAGGAAGCCCACCAGGCCGUCCUCCAAGAAGGACUGGAGCGGCGACUUGACGCCGCACUUGGGGUGUUGGUCACAGCUUUGGUUGCAUAUUUGGUCACAGGUUUGGUCACAUAUUUGGUUGGCACACUGCAUGGUGUUGCACUUCCAACUGGAGCCACCGACUCCCCGGCCGUACCAGCAGUCAAGCCAUCCUCCGUGCCGGGUGUUGUAGAGGCACCGGCGGUAGAGGAGAUACAGCUGUUGGUGGAGGCGUUUGAGCACAUCGUACAGCAGGCAGAGCAAAGCGUCGGCGUCACAGGGAUAGAGCAGGCCUGCCGGGUUGGUGUUGAAGUCGCAGGCGUAGAUGCCAUCUGCGUGGCCGUAGCCGAGUAG